UUACGAAAUAUUUGUUGUAUUAUUAUAUGUGGGACUGUUUGUCUGAAAAAUUUGGAAUAAUAUAGUUAUUCAUACAUUGACUACAAUCGAAAUAUUUAAUAAAAUAAUGAUCUUCUACAAAGUAGUGUAGAAUCAAUUACAUUUUGUGAUUUAUAUUUAAGAGUAAUUAUUAUUUGCCUUUAAGUAAAUGCUGAUAGUGCUACUGAAGGUAGUGACUGGUACGUUUCUGUAGAAUAAUGCGACGAACCGAUGUUAUUCUUUUUCUUUUCUUAAGCUUGUUUAUUUUACUUUCUAUGUCUGCUUCUGUAAAGUGCAACAAAACAUCUUCAAGUGAAGAAUUUAAAGCUCAAAAAUUUCCUCCAUGUGCGGCUUGCAAAAUUUUAAUAAAUAGUUUUAAGAAGGGUAUAGAAAGGACUAGUCGUGAAAAAUUUGAUGGUGGUGAUAGCGCAUGGGAGGAAGAUAAGUUAGGUUCAUACUCAAAAAGUGAAACUAGAUUAAUAGAAAUACAAGAACAUUUAUGUGAAGAAGUAGAACGUGGUAAAAUACAGUGUCAAACUUUAGCUGAAGAAUUAGAAAAUAAAAUAGAAGAUUGGUGGUUUAAUUACCAACAAAUAUAUCUAGAUAUUUAUGAUUAUAUCUGUAUUCAACAAACAGAAGCCUGUUGUCCAAAAGAUCAUUUUGGUCCACAAUGCAAACCAUGUCCAGGUUUUCCAGAUAAAAUUUGUAAUAAUAAUGGUAAAUGCAAAGGAGCAGGUACCAGAAAAGGAAAUGGUAAAUGCUCCUGUGAUAAAGGCUAUGAUAAAGAUGAUUGUUCUGAGUGUGCAAUUGGAUUUUAUGAAUCCUAUAAAGAUGAAGAUAAAUUACUUUGUUCACAAUGCCACAAUGCUUGUGAUGGAGCUUGUAAAGGACCAGGACCAAAAAAUUGUGAAAAAUGUACAGAAGGAUGGCAUAUAUUAGAUGGACAAGGCUGCUUUGAUAUUGAUGAAUGCCUAAAAAGCGAUGAAUAUUGUUCAAAAAAUCAAUUUUGUAUUAAUAAAGAAGGAGGAUAUAUGUGUUUAAAUUGUGACAUGGCCUGUGAUGGGUGCACAGGUGAUGGACCAGAUAUGUGUAUAAAUUGUGCAGAUGGAUACCGUGAAAAAAAUAAUUUAUGUAUAAAUUCUGACCUUCUGGGUCGUAAACAACAAGAGAAUGUUGCAAGAUAUGCUACAUAUCUUGGUCUGUGCAUAGCUACAUGCAUCAUCUUCCAACGAAAUAUUUAUAUAGCAAGUGUAAUUGGAUUAUUAGUUGGGAUAUACAUAUCGGUUUCAGAAUACAUGAUAGCUCAUAGUAAUGUUCAAGAUACAACAGCAAAUGUUGACAUUCUAGGACCAGCAUAAAUGUAUAGUGUAUUAUCUGUCAUAUUUUAAUAAAUUGUAAUGUAUAAAACAGAGAGAAAAUGAAUAUUGUAAUAUUAAUCACUCGUAUAUUAACAAUUAUAAAAUGCUGUUGUUUGAUCUAA